UUUAAUGGUCAGGGGGUGGUAGAUGAUGGCUUCCUGAGUGAAUCUCGCUUGUGUUUAUUUCGUAGCAGUACCGACAGAUUGGUGGUUUCCGUUAAUGACAGGAAUAUAGAUUUUGGAUUAUUUUAAGCCCACUCUCCUCCUCCUCUUCGCUAUCCUUGAUUUAUUUUUACGGGCCUAUUUUUGCCUAACCAGUCUCUUCUGCAGUAGCGGUAAUGCGUUGUUGCUUUGAAUGAGGCGGAAGUCCCGAGUCCCGUGAAGGAGGAUGAACUCCAUCACCGGCCGGGAGAUCGGUGUUCCUGCAGCCGCUGUCAGUGUCACCAAUCCCGGAGCUUCAGCCACACGGGCCCUGCACGUCGAACUCACCUCUCAGCAGAGACGUCUGCGUCACCUUCGUAGCAUUGCAGCACGGAACAUUGUCAACAAGAAUGGAUCUCCAUUAUUGGAUACAUACUUCACCCUACAUUUGUGUGACAAUGACAGAAUAUCUAGAGCUUUUUACAAGAGUGAAGUUAUAAGAGACUCACUAAAUCCAACAUGGAGAAGUCUUGACUUUGGGGUCUUACCAGACCUCUUAGAUACAUCAGUAUCCUGUUUUGUUGUGAGAAUCUGGGGUGGGCAAAGGGAACAGUUUCAGUUGCUCAUUGAAUGGAAGGUGAAUUUGGAUGGUCUGAGAUACACAGGCCAGCAGAUCCGAUCUAGAAAUCCCAAUGAUGUUAUUUUCGGAUUAAAUGAUGGCUAUUAUGGAGCACCAUUUGAUCAAAAGGAUCAUACAGAAAAGAAGAGGAACAGUUUACUUCAAGUGGACCAGAGCUCUGUGAGGAACUCCUACAGUGUGUUUUCUUUAUUACGGUUGCAUACAGCUCAACGUGCAAUAAAGCAGACUCAGGUGACAGUUCAGAAAAUUGGAAAAGAAAUAGAAGAAAAGUUGAGACUAACUGCUGAAAGCAGUGGUCUAAAAAAAGACAGAGAAUGCUUACAACUGAAGAUUCUGGUGCUUAGAAAUGAAUUGGAAAGGCAGAAGAAGGCACUUGGAAGAGAACUAGAGAUCCUUCAGAAAGAGCAGACAAUAUUGAAGAGAAAAGAAGAGUUGUUUUCUGACAAAUAUAGAAGUUUACAAUCAGAUCAAGAUUUUUUGAAAGACCAAAAAAAAGACUGCACUGCCAGAAGAGAACUAUUGCUGAGGACCAAUGCCCAACUGACCUUUCGGUGUAGACAGCUAUUAUCGGAACUCUCUUACAUUUAUCCUAUUAGUACGGCAAAUCAGACAGAUUUUGUAAUUUGUGGAGUAAAGCUGCCUAAUUCUGAAGACUUCCAAGCAAAAGAUGAUGGAAGCAUAGCAGUUGCCCUGGGUUACACAGCUCACUUGGUGCUGAUGAUUUCCUACUUCCUCCAAAUUCCACUCAGGUAUCCAAUAAUCCACAAAGGGUCAAGGUCAUCAAUCAAGGAUAAUAUAACAGAUAAACUGACUGAGAAAGAGAGAGAAUUUCCUUUGCAUCCGCGAGGAGAACGCUUUCAGUUUGAAUAUGGUGUUUAUUUAUUGAACAAAAAUAUAGCCCAGCUGAGAUAUCAACAUGGUUUAUCAACACCAGAUUUGCGUCAAACCCUGCCAAAUUUGAAAACAUUUUUGGAAAAUGGGUUAAUGGUGCGGUGUGAUCAUCAUCAUCAGAUAUCCUGUGCGAUCCCAGUCCCUGUGAAAACCCAUUUUAACUCCUCUUCCGGAUUUGAAACGAGUCAUCCCACUGGAACUAUCUGCCCAGACAAAGGACUACGUAAGCGGGCCAGCUCUGAAACUGAUAAACAACAAUAUAAAACGCCUCCUCCUAGCUACAAUACAGCUACCACUCAGCCUAUAGCCAUUACUACACCUUCAAACAGUCCAGCACCUAAACAGGUGUCCUCUUCGCUAGAUGCAGCCAUUGACUUAACUAAAACCACAGAGGCAGAGAAGUAUUUGUGCGAUGGAGAUUCAACUUCUGAGUCAUCAAAAGACGCUACUCACAAGGAAGGAUCCAGCCCCCACUUUAUUAGUGCAAUGAAUGGCUCGGCCUUACCUGUUGAGCGACUGAGCACUGAUAGCCAUUCUCUCACGUUAAGCAGUGAGCUUUGUUGCUCUGUCGAGCAAGCUGAAGAGAUUAUGGGGACAGAGGCUACAGGUUUCAGCGAAGUAGAGCAUUUGGAAGGGUUUCAGUGCAUUCCUGUUGACCAUGCUGUGGCCGUGGAAUGUGAUGAGCAGGUCCUUGGGGAGCUGGAUGCAGCUGGCUUUGAAGAAUUCUCCCGUCGUAUCUAUGCACUAAGUGAAAACACGUCAAGCUUUCGCAGACCACGCAAAAACUCAGACAAGUGAAACUUGGUUAUAUAAUGAUUUGGUAUGAACAUUUACCAGACUUAAAAAAAAUAUAUAUAUAUAUAUAUGGAAUGAAGAUCAAUUUGCACUUCAUGAAACAUUUGUAUAAUCUAUAAGCCAAAUUAUGUUUAAUAACCAACCCCACUUGCAGUGAAAACAAACUAAGAACAGAAUGAAUUUUAUUAUCCCUUAAUUAUAUUUGAUAUUUAGCAUGUCAGACACAACUGAUAUUAGUUUACCUAUAGACAUGUUGUGACCCAGAUCAAAAAGAGCUUAUCUCAUUUUAAAUCCUGCAAAAUUCACUACUUUACCCAAAGUUCCCACUCAGUUGUAACAUUCAUUUUUAGAAGCUGGAGGUCACCUUUGAUUUUAUCUUGCUAAUUUAAAGUUGUUAUAGAUUUGAUGAGUACCACACGAUUCAGAAAUGCAGUCUCUAGUGAUUCUACUUGUGCUUGACAUUUGAAACAAUUAUUGGUCACACGGCAGAUUAUAAGUUCAGACUGGAUGUUCUCACUGCUUUAAAAAUAUUCAAAGAGUGUUUCUUGCAUCCAUUUAAUAUUUUGAACAUGAUGUUAAUUUAGUAGGAAAACAGACCAGACACUUAUUUUAUGACUUAAUUCACUAGAAUCAAUUAAAUUCUAUAAUACUGUAGAAGUGAAUGUACAGUACCGUGGACAGUUUUAAAAUGGUUGAGAAAGGCAUAUUUACAUACAUAGGCAGUGAAUGGGCACCUUUAACUAAGACAUAAUGUAAAGCUACUCACAGUUGCCAAUCUUUGUUUAUUUUAUAUCAUCCAGACAUGGGAGUUAGAAAACCUAACAUUGCAUAUUAAACUUCAUUUCAUUGAAUGUGUAUUUGUGUGGCUUUUAGGCCAUAUAACCCAGUUUUUCAUUCUUUUAUGAAAAAAGCAAGAGAAGCAUAUUUACAAGAAUACUUUCUCAGCUUUAUGUAUGCAUUGCCUGAAUUGUUUCCUAUUUUUCAACUUUUAUUGUAGCUGAACAGAGUCUGCCCUGGUUUAUGAGAGCUAAAUUAUUCCAACAGCAACAAUUCAUGCUGCUAUUUUUUAACGCUUCAAUAAUCAGUGUUACACUUGCACUUAUUUCUGAACGUGUAUUGAUAACAUAUCUGCAUUUUUUAUUUUUGUAAGGUAAGUAAAAUAUAUACAGAAUGUCUAACUGCCAGUCUGUCUAAAAAUUAAAAAUGUCUAAACUUUGACCUCAUGCAUUUUUCCUUUAAUCCUUAGCCACUUAUCAUGAUCAGUUUUUAGUCCUUUAAAAAGUUGGCUUCCAUGGUGAGAUAGAGGAGAUAAAUGUUAAAUUUCUCUCUCUCAAGAGUUCAGUGACCUUGUUAAGUUGUUGUCAGCACCCUAUCAGAAGAGCAAAUAAAGAUACAUAUGUGCUUUGUGAAA